CUCGGUCCCAAUCAAGCUCGAGACCGGACCGACUCUCCCGGCCUCUGCCUACACAGUACAAUCGUCAUCGCCGACUGUCGCACCAUCGCACCCUCAACGAUGCCCCGCGUCUUACACGAGCUUUGGCCCGCAACAUGACAAUCUUGGUGAGACAGGAUGGACGAUCCGUGGCGCUCACCAUGGGCCACGACAGAUUCAGACAAAGACCAGAAGCAUGCCUCGCCAGCCCUGCCCGCCAUUGCGGCCCCCCCACGAGCCUUCCUCUCUGCCUCGAGCUCUCCUCGCAUACCUGCCGCUCUCGAACAGUCGCCAUGGGGAGGUGACGAUGACGGAUUCGGAGAUUGGGCAACAGCUUCUGAGACACAAGCGGCAUGGGCCGGCGGAUGGGGAGCAUCGAGUCCGAAUCUUUCGCCGAACAUUCCAGGCACGCCACGGGACGAAGCGCUGAGCAAGGCCAGCCCGAUCGCAUGGCCCGGAAACGUGGCGACUACCCGACCGCCGCAUGCCGCGUCGUUACGACAGCCCUCUCCCGACCCAUGGGCGAAUGGGUUUGCUUCGCGCCCAGCUUCGAUCGACAGGAGCACCACCCCUCGGCUGGUUGUCGACGGUCCCUCUUCUGUCGACGCUCCUGCUGAUGCGGUGCGAAAUGAUGCUCUUGUGAUCGAGGAGGGACAAGGAUGGGCCGAGCCAAAUACGAACGAUGCACACAAGCAGAUACCUGUCACAGAAACCAACCCCGCCGCAAGCGACGCAGAAGUCACAGCUGGUGCCACGGAGCAGACAGUAGCCGAUCCUACCCCCGGAAAUGAGGAGCGUGUGAGCAUUGAGUCGGCGGCUCGGAGUCGAGAAUGCCGCUCCUCAACGCCCUCGAACGACAACACUGACCGGGAAGACGAGCGUCAAGAAUCGCCAAUAACCUCGCUCGACGAGGAGCCCAGCGUACAGCGAAAUUUGUCCAGGAAAGCUUCUGGAAAGGUCCAGGAGCUCGUCCUCAAGUUUGAUGGCUUAGCGAGGGCGGCGAGCGAAGAAGGUGCCCCUCCUCUCUCGACCGCUCGUAGCAGGAGGCCACUCGAUGUGACGGGAAGAGAUGGCUCGGAUGAUGCUGCCGAGUUUGGCGAUUUUGAGGAUGCAGACGAAAACGAGCCCCCGAUAGCGUUGGAAACCGCGAAGCCAGAAUCGGCCGAAGAAGAUCGGGGCCUAAUCAACGACGGCCCGCCCGCAACGCCCCCAGCAACAACAUUACGGCCCCCAACAGCAGACGCCUCGCGAGGAGCUACUUCCCCGAUUGCCAAGUUUGGCCCACUAAACUUCGCCCCCGAUCUCGACUUGGUCCAGAAGCUAUUCCCCCCAUCGCCGUCACCUCCCACACGCAUUUCCCAAACGGAUCGCGAGCUGCCGGACCACAUCAUCAACGAUAGCUUCACCGAGAUUUCAGAGCGCAAAACCUGGUAUCGCAUCUCUCGACUGGGGUCGUCACGGAGGCACAAUGCCGCAGACGACGAGAGUUACAGACGGGUGGCCUGGCAGUCGUCGACAGUGCACGACGAUGUCAUCAAGAUCGUCCGCCGAUGGAUGGAAGAAGAUUCCAUCGCCGGGCGUGUCGCUCUCGGCGGUGGCAUAUCCAAGACGCAGAAGAACAUGUUUGGCUGGGAUUCGGCUGCCGAGCCUGUUGCCCUGGAAGCCGUGUUUGGGAGGAAGAAAUCACACGCGAGAGCCUCCUCGCUCCAGCCUAUCAAGACUACCGGCCCUGCUUCUCAAGGCUUGGCUGGCAUGGCAAACAGAACCCCUGGUCCCACGCAUCGGCCUUCGGGCAGUGCCGGGCCAGCUGUCCCCUCAUUCGGUUGGAGCAACGGCUCACCUGUCUCCAGCAGACCGCCACCCACGCCGAGCAUGUUACGUGAGCCACCAAACGCCAGUGCUGCCGCUUGCCAGGCUUCUGCAUCUACAGCUCCGGUUCGCGGCGUAGCUGAGCCUGGCGCCUCCCUCUCACAGCCAAUUGCUGUCCCCGCCGAUGGGGGUCUCCAAGUCAACGAAACCGCCGCUGCUGACGGCGGCGAUGAUGAUGAAUGGGGUGAGAUGGUGUCUUCGCCGGUGGCACCUCCGGUUGCUCAAAGUCUCGCCAGCGUACCUAUCCAGGGUGCAUCUGAGCACCAAUCCAAUGUUGACGUCGGCGGUAAUCAGCCGGCCCCGCAUGCCCAAGCCCCGGUGUCUAUCCCAGACUCCAUGCGGCCUCCGGCUAAGGCCGUGUCUAAGCUGGGGAACCCAGCAGUUCUGGCCACUUCGACGACAAGGGCGUCCGACCCUGCGGGGACGUUGACCAGCGAUCGGCCGCCCACACAACCUGCCCGAUUAGGCGCAGUAGACAUCCCAUCUGGCUCCCCGCAGCACGAAGACGACUACGAAUCGGCGCAGCGCAUCAUCGCAAAUUUGCCCGAUCUCUCCUACAUGCUUCGAUGACGGCUCUCCCGGCCACAGCCGGGACAGCAAGUACCUUAAUUGUAUGAAACCUGCCUCAUCGGCCCAGCGGGUGGUUCUUGUUCUAGGUGCAUGGCAUGGGCGUUCGGGGUAACAGGCAUGGAUUAGUUCUUCUACGCAUGUACAUCAGAAAU